UUCCCGCGAGUUUCGCGUUCCGAUUAUAUUUUCGAAGCGGGGGGAGUUUUUCCAGUUCGCGCCGCGUUUUUUGUUCUUCGGUCGUUUAAAAAGUUUGUGAUAUGUCCUACUUUAGAGAAACGCUCCUCUAAGGAAGCAAAGCAUGAGGCUCAAUUUUUACAGCUUCUUUUUCAUAUUCGCCAUAAUAAGUUCGGUCGUUUGCUCGAAAACUCGAUAUGUUCACGGGAUGCACAGGUACUACACGAAACACAAACUGUCGAAUUUCAAUGAGGAAACGUUCGCGCUGGCCUCCGCCGACGCGGAGAUCCAGCACCAGCACCACCUGCGGCACCAGCACGAGGAGGUGCCGUGGCCGGUGAAGAAGGAGGCCGUGGUGGAGGGCGAUCUGGUGCUGGGCGGGUUGAUGAUGGUGCACGAACGGGAGGAGAGCAUCACCUGCGGGCCGGUGAUGCCGCAAGGGGGCGUGCAGGCGUUGGAGACGAUGCUGUACACGUUGGAUAGAGUGAACAAGGCCGAGGAGGCGGUGUUGCCGGGGAUUUCGUUGGGCGCGCAUAUUUUGGACGAUUGCGAUAAGGAUACGUACGGGUUGGAGAUGGCCGUGGAUUUUAUUAAAGGUUCUAUCAGCAACAUCGACGGGGCCGAAUAUCAUUGCAAUAAGACCCAGGUGAGAAAAGUAAUAUCCGGCGUUGUUGGAGCUGCUUCGAGUGUCACCUCAAUUCAAGUGGCCAAUCUGCUGCGACUAUUUAAAAUACCGCAGGUAUCGUUUUUCUCCACGAGUCCGGAGUUGAGCAACAAACAACGUUUCGAAUAUUUCUCUCGAACGAUCCCGUCCGAUUUCUACCAGGUAAAGGCGAUGGUGGAUAUUGUGAGAAAACUCGGCUGGAGUUACGUUUCCAUUAUCUACGAGGAAUCCAACUAUGGAAUCAAGGCAUUCGAAGAAUUGGAGGAUACACUUUCCAAGUAUUCAAUCUGCAUCGCCAUUAAAGAGAAAUUGGUGAAGGAUUCCGGUGUAGCGAAGGAGUCCGUUUACGAUAGCAUUAUACAGAAACUUAUGACGAAACCGAGAGCUAGAGGUUGCAUAGUCUUCGGUUCCGAUCAAGAAGUGGCGGAGCUGAUGAAGGCGGUGCGCCGAUGCAACGCCACUGGCUACUUUUCCUGGAUAGGCAGCGACGGCUGGAGCGCCAGGUCGCUGGUGUCCGAGGGUAACGAGGCCGAAGUGGAGGGUACGCUGUCGGUGCAACCCCAGGCCGGCGAGGUGGCCGGUUUCAAGGAGUACUUUUUGGGUUUGAACGUGGAGAACAACACGAGGAAUCCUUGGUUCAUCGAAUUUUGGGAACGGCAUUUCAAUUGCCGAUACCCGAACAGCUCCAAAACCCCGUACAACAUGAAGAUAGUAAACGUUUGCAACGGCACGGAGAAAUUAACAGCGAACAAUACGGUUUUCGAAGAUCAACUCCAAUUCGUUUCGGAUGCAGUUUUGGCUUUCGCCUAUGCCAUUAGGGAUAUGCACAGAGAUCAUUGUCAUGGAACAACAGGUUUGUGUGACGCCAUGAAACCAACGAAUGGAACAGAACUUCUCAGAUAUUUAAGGAAGGUCGACUUUAUCGGCCUGAGCGGUGAUCGUUUCCACUUCGACGAAAACGGGGAUGCCCCAGCCCGGUAUAACAUCAAACAUUUCAAACAAGUGGCCUAUGGAAAGUUCGCUUGGAUAACCGUCGGUGAAUAUCUAGAAGGCGUCCUUAAACUCAACAUGUCAGCGAUUCAAUUUAAAAUGGACCAACCGACGCCGCCGGAAUCGGUUUGCAGUCUUCCGUGUCUCAAAGGCCAGGCGAUGAAAUACGUGGAAGGCGAAAGCUGCUGUUGGCAUUGUUUCAAUUGCACUCAGUAUCAGAUUCGUCACAAAGACGAUCCGACCCAAUGCGUGAAAUGUCCCAAAGGGACCAUCCCGGACCCGGAGCACGAGCACUGCGAGGACAUACCGGAGGAAUAUCUGCGGCCUGUCAGCGGCUGGGCCAUCGGCGCCAUGGCCUUCAGCUCCACCGGCGUGCUCGUCACCGCGUUCGUGUUCUCCGUGUUCAUGAAGCACAACGAGACGCCCGUCGUGCGAGCGUCGGGACGCGAAUUGAGCUACGUGCUGCUCAGCGGGAUAUUGAUGUGCUACAGCGUUACGUAUACGUUGGUGUUGAAACCGACCGAUGUCGUUUGUGCGAUUCAAAGAUUCAGCGCCGGAUUUUGUUUCACCGUCGUGUACGCAGCACUUUUGACCAAGACCAAUCGCAUAUCUAGAAUUUUCAACGCCAGCAAGCAUUCCGCCAAACGACCGAAUUUCAUUUCGCCCCGAUCCCAGCUCGUCAUAUGCUUCGGAUUGGUGGGAGUACAGGUUCUUAUCAACGGAAUCUGGAUGUUGAUAUCACCACCGAAAGCGAUACAUCACUAUCCAACUAGAGAGGACAACUUGCUGGUUUGCUCGUCUUACGUCGAUGCUUCCUACAUGAUCGCCUUCACUUAUCCCAUCUUCCUGAUCGUCCUGUACAUUAUCCUGAUACGGCCCGAAAGGAACAUCAGACAGAGCAUGAUGCCGAUGAGAUACAGCGCCAUCAACAAAAGCUCCACGAACACCGGAUCCGGAAGUAUGAUGGCGGCUGUCAUGGUAACCGCGGCCACCUGCGAUCAAAAGCAGAACGUCCAAAAGCACGUUUCUCCCAUCGAAAACGUCGUCGAUGAUGUCUUCUAUAAGGAACCUCGGACGAAAGACAGCAGUACCCAAACGACGCCGUCUUCGACGGACAAGCUGCUUCCGUUCGAAGAUCCGUUGAAUCGCAGCGGAAGCAAUUGCAACGGGCCCAAUGCGGUGGAUUCCGAUGAAUCGAAGAGAAAUUCGAAGGGUUUUUUAUAG